UUUCGCGUUGACAUCAACCAAACUCCCACUCUCUCUCUCUCUCUCUAAUGAAGACGAUGCAAGGUUUACGGAACUUCACAAACGACAACGUUUCGCUAGACCUGACGUUUCCUCCCCCAACACCACCACCCAUCUCCUCCUCCACGGCCUCCACGAGCCUAUCGUUCGAUGAGGAGGAGACCUCAGAGUCGAAGAUCGAACGGCUGAUAUCUGAGCACCCGGUCAUCAUAUUCACCAGAUCCUCCACCUGCUGCAUGUGUCACGUCAUGAAGAAGCUUCUAUCGACCGUUGGAGUCCACCCAACAGUGAUCGAGAUCGACGAGGAAGAGAUCGCUUGCCUCGCCGUUCAAGCCGCUCCGGUGCUCUUCAUAGGUGGUGCUUGUGUCGGUGGGUUCGAGUCUCUUGUCGCACUUCACCUUAGUGGUCAUCUCAUUCCUAGACUCGUCGAGGUUGGAGCCUUGUGGGAAUAGUUGUGUAUGUUUAACUUAUAACUAUUUAAGAAAAUCUGGUAAUAAUAUCCACUGUAAAUUUCAUGAUCUUCUCUUUCUGUUCUUGAUUCUGAAACAUAAAAAUGUAUUUUUCAUUUUCCCUUUUGUACUUUUUUUUAUCUUUGACCACUUAGUUUAUGUCGUUUAGAUUAUCAUUUGUGUGAACUAUUCCACCAUAAAUUAUCAGAUUUGUAAAUUA